UUUAAUUUUGGAAGAGAUUUUUGGUAAAAAGAAAAUUUUGAAAUUUUGGAGAAGAGAGAAGAAAAUAAGAAUGUGGCUACCCAGGGGAAAUAUUCCAGCAAAGAAGGGAACCAGAAAUGGGUUGGUGGCAGUAGCAAUAGACAAAGACAAAGGAAGCCAACAGGCCCUGAAAUGGGCAGCUGAAACUCUUCUUUCCAGAGGCCAAACUGCUGUUUUGAUCCAUGUUCUUCAAAAAUCAUCCAAUUUACCCGGUCAGGGGCAAGGCAACGAGCACAUUGGAGGAGGGCCUAUGUCACAAAAGCAGGUAACCGAGAAGCUGAGCGGGGAAAUUUUCCUCCCCUUCCACUGCUAUUGCACUCGUAAAGAUAUACACUGCUUUGAUGUGGUACUGGAAGACACAGACACAGUCAGGGCAUUAACAGAUUAUGUGGCUUACGCUGCAAUUGAGAAUCUGGUUCUUGGUUCCCCUUCAAAGCAUGGAUUUAUGAGACGGUUCAGGGCAGAUGUUCCUAGUGGCGUCUCAAAAGGAGCACCGGAUUUCUGCACUGUAUACGUCAUCUCCAAAGGGAAAGUGUCUUCAGUACGGCAUGCCUCUCACUCAGCCUCAUAUACUUCUCCAUUGUUAAGUCAGAUAGAGAACCAAAUUUCUGAGGAUAAUCACAGUAGUCUUAGAGGUAUUUUCCCCUUAACAAAUCUUUUCAAUCUCAAGUUUUGUCUUCCAAAAUUAUCCUCAAAUUACUGUAACUGUUCCAUAGAGCGAAUGUCAUCCAAACUUGGAAACACAUCGGUUCGCGAAGUUCGUUCAAAGUCACCUUUUGGAAAAAGAGGGUAUACAAAGCCACCAUUUUCAGAUUUAUCAGAAUCAGAAACUGAUAUAUCAUUUGUCAGCUCAGACAGGACGAGCACGGACCAUGCCUCUUCUUUCCCUUACAGUUGUACUGAUUCAAUGCCAACUUCACGACCUUCCACUAGCUCGGAACAGAGUCUUGCCCUUGGACAUCUCAAUCUAGGAUUCAAGUUCAGUGACCAAAUUUCUCUACAUGAUUUAUCACCAGUUUCCCAAGAAAGCGGUAGAUUGUCGUGUGCUUCAUGUUCGUAUUCAUCGCAAAGCAUGGAAGAUAUUGAAGGUGAGAUGAGGAGACUGAAAAUGGAGCUAAAGCAGACGAUGGAUUUGUAUAAUACAGCAUGCAAAGAAGCACUUACUGCAAACCACAAGGCAAUGUCUAUGGUGGAGCAAGAGAGACUUAAGUACAAGGCGGCAAUGGAAGCAGCAGAGGCAGCAAAAAGAUUAGCAGAGCUGGAAGCACAGAAAAGAACGAGUGCAGAAAAGAAAGCCCUUAAAGAAUGUGAAGAAAUGAAAAAGGUUCUGGAUACUUUAUCCAAUAAUAGCAUGAGGUACAGGAGAUAUACAAUUGAGGAGAUUGAAGCAGCCACCGAAGGCUUCUCUGAAUCUCGGAAGAUUGGAGAAGGCGGGUACGGUCUUGUCUAUAAAUGUUAUCUUGAUCAUACACCUGUGGCUGUAAAGGUUCUUCGCCCUGAUGCAGUUCAAGGAACCUCACAAUUCAAGAAAGAGAUUGAAGUACUUAGCUGCAUAAGGCAUCCAAACAUGGUACUUCUUCUGGGAGCCUGUCCAGAGUAUGGCAUUCUAGUUUAUGAAUAUAUGGCGAAAGGAAGUCUAGAAGAUCGAUUGUUCCGGAAAGGGAAUACACCGGUGUUGUCAUGGCAGCUCAGAUUCCAAAUUGCUGCAGAUAUUGCCACAGGUUUGCUCUUUCUCCAUCAGACCAAGCCAGAGCCAUUGGUUCACAGAGACCUGAAACCAGCAAAUAUAUUGCUAGACCAAAACUAUGUGAGUAAAAUAAGCGAUGUGGGAUUAGCCAGAUUAGUCCCUGCAGUGGCUGAGAAUGUAACUCAGUACCGAAUGACUAGCAUGGCUGGAACAUUCUGCUAUAUUGAUCCAGAGUACCAACAAACAGGAAUGCUUGGUGUAAAAUCUGACUUAUAUUCAUUAGGAAUAUUGCUUCUGCAACUUCUUACAGCACAAAAUCCAAUGGGAUUAGCUCAUUAUGUUGAACAUUCAAUCAAGAAAGGAACAUUUGAAUCAAUGCUCGAUCCGAAGGUGACUGAUUGGCCUGUUGAUGCAGCCUUGUGUUUAGCCAAGGUAGCACUCCAGUGUGCAGAAUUGAGAAGGAAAGAUAGGCCGGAUCUUGGCAAAGUCGUGCUGCCGGAACUUUGUAAAUUGAGAGAAUUAGCUCAAGAAAAUAUGGGCAGCAUCAUUCCAUGCGGUAGCAGUGCAGGCCCAUCCCCUCACAACAGCCAAGUUUCCUCACACCAGGAUGUGAUGAGCGAUCCUCACUAUGUACCUUCGGAAAGCUCAAAGACAACACUAUAAACCGCUUCAUCAGAACUAGAUAAAUAAUAAGCUGACCUAAUCACGAGUUGUAACUUGACAUUUUUCCUUACCACCCAGGUUGCGUGCAUAAAGAGAGACAAACAUAUCAAUCAACAGACAGACAUAUUAAUCACGAGUUGUAAUAUUAGCAUUUUUCCUUACCACCCAGAUCAGGAAGAUGUUGUUCCCGAGCCCGUUCUGCAGGAAGACGGCGAAGGGGA